AUGAAAUCCAGGAAGAAUACAAAUAAAACUUUAGAUAAUGCCAAGAUUAUGGAACAAGUAAAGAUAGAAGUUCCACAUUAUAACGAUGGUCCAGAAAUACCAUUAACUGAAAAUCCUCAUUUCUUUGCAUUAAUAAGAUUUUUAAGUUUACUUAAUGAAACUAAUCUAAGUAUUAAAUGGACAUUUACAGAUAUUGAAGAAGCUUUUCAAAGUAAUGAACCUACAGAUUAUUGUAAAAAUUUACAUCUAAAGUUAUUAGGAUUACUUGGAAAAAGAUUUCCUCCGAAUGUUACAUUAGAAAGAAAUUUAACAAAAUUUAUUGAUGAAAGAGUGAUUGAUAUUGAAUUUAUGUUUUGGGAUAAAAUUGAAAGUAUGAAUAAAGAAUUAAAUUAUAAAGAAGAAAAAGAAGAAAAAGAAGAAAAUGAUGUAAAUUCAAUGAAAUUAAAUUAUAAUCCAUAUAGAAAUUUAGAAUAUAAAGAUGUAGCGUUAUAUGAAAGGCUUAGAACUAUUAGAAUUUUGAUUAAUUGUUGUAUUCAGGAAAGUAAACAAGUUAGAAAUGCUAUACAAUCACUGGAGAAUUAUAACAAAAAGUGUCAAAAACCAAUAGCUGGAUGUUGUUUUUUUGGAAUUUCUUCUUUUUUAGGUAAUGAUGAAUUAGGUUAUCAUUAUUGGUAUAUUACAUCUGUGGAUGAUGAUACAACUUUUAAAUUAUACCGUGAAGACCCACAAAAUGGUAAUGUAAUUUUAUUAUCUGAUAAUUCAGAUACUCUCUGUACAACCUAUCGUUCAUUUUUAGAAGAUAAUCAAUUAGAAGAAAUUGGUAAAAUUUUAGAAAAUAAAUAUCAAAUAGUAAUAUCAGCAGAAAAAGCUAAACUUAGAAGAAUUAGACAAAUGAAAUCAAUAAGGAAUCAACUUGAAUCUUCAUGGGGUAAUUGUGCUCCGACAGAAGCUAUGCUUACAGGCGGAAGAACUAGAAGGAAAGCUACUUUAAAUAUUGAUUAUUCAUUUUCUAAAUAUAAAGGUCAAUAUGAAGAUGAAACAAAUGGAAACUUAGUAAAUAGUUAUUCAAAUAGGAAUCCUAUAGAUAGAAGUGAUCGUCUUGCUUUAAGAAAUGCUAAAAAAGAACGAUUUGAAGAACAAGAAAAUGAAAAUCAAUAUGAAGAUGAACAAAAACAAAAAUAUAAUGAACAAAAAAUAAAUAUACAAUUGAAACAAGAUUUAAAUAAUCAACAAUUAGAUAAUAAAAAUAUUCAAGAUAAAGUAACGCAUAUGUAUUCACCUCAAAUUGAAGAUAUUAAAUUACCAAAUAAAUUAGUAAAUGAAAUUCCAAUUAAUCACCAAAUUUCUAAUAACAUAUUACGAAAUUCUAAUACAAUUUCAGGUUUAAAUAUUUUUCCAACAAAUAUAGGUCAAAUAUCAAAUUCUAAUAAUGAUCAUAUGAAUAUGAUUAUACAAACAAGGCAAUUUGUUCCUGUAAUUAAUACUAAUCAAUAUCAAAUUCCUAUAUCUUCAUUUAUACAACAGUCUAAUAAUAUUGAUAAAUGGAAUUUAAAUCAAUCUCAAGGUACUACAAAUAUUGAUUUUAAUUGUUUAUUACAAAAUAUUGAUAGUCAGAAACAACAACAAAUUGUAUCUAAUCUUUAUAAUCAUAAUAAAAGUUUAAUGUAA